AUGGACCCGGUGGGCUUCGUUUGUGAUAAAGAUACGUCAAUUGAUGCCGGUGUAGAAGGCAGUGGUGGUCAUAUUGAUGGUUGCGUAGAAGGAAGUGGGAGUCAGUGUGAUGAAGGGAAUUCAACUGAUGUUGCUGUAGAGACUAGUGGUCAGGGUGCCAGUGAACACUGUUUGACUGAUGUUGAGGCGGAAGACAAUGCAUGUGUUUUGGAAACGUCUCCUGGGUUGACUAAGUAUUGGCGUCCAGUUUGCACUGAUAGUUUGAAGCCUAUGGUGGGGCAAACGUUUGAUUCAUUGGAUUGUGCUAUUGUUUUUUAUAAACAGUAUGCUGGGUAUGUUGGUUUUGAUUGUAGAAAGGGUACAAUUCGGAGGAGGAGGGAUGGUGUUGUUGUGGAGAGACAGGUAUUUUGUAGCCGAGAGGGGUUUAAACAGAGUAUUUAUAGUACUCAAUCUACGUGUGUUGGUGAUGGUAAGCCUAUUGUUGUGAAGAGACGGAGGGUGACAAAUAGGGUUGGCUGCAAGGCUAGAGUGGUGUUUAAGCGUAAGUCUAAUGGACUGUUUGUUGUGCAUUUUUUGGAGGAACGACACACUCAUGUGAUGUGUUCAAUUAUUGCUAAGCAGUUUUUAAAGGUGAAUCGUAGUCUUGAUACUGGCCAUCAAAUGUUCAUUGCAAGUUGUGUUCGGGCAAAUAUUGGGUAUGUUCGGUCGUAUAAGCUGUUUAAGGAGAUUGUUGGUGAGUAUUCCAAUGUUGGGGCUACUGGGGUGGAUUUUAAGAAUUUCAAGCGUGAUUUGAUGGCAUACAUAUUGAAUGGUGAUGCUCAACUAUUCAUAGAUACGCUUUUUAAAAGACGUGAAUUGUGUGAGGCUUUCGAGUUUGAAUAUGACGUUGAUGAUGUUGAUCAGCUUACAAGGGUUUUUUGGGCAGAUGCAGUAUCAAGGAAGAACUUUGCAUUGUUUGGUGAUGUUGUUUUAUUCGAUGCUACAUACCGAUCUAACAGGUAUAAUUUGGUGUUUGUCCCAUUUACUGGAAUUGAUAACCAUAAGAGAUCCAUCACAUUUGGUGCUGGUUUACUUACGAGGGAAGACAUAGACUCAUAUGUUUGGCUUUUGGAGAGAUUUAAGAAAACCAUGCGUCAUGAACCUAUUUGUGUCGUUACUGACCAAGAUCCAGCUGUCAAGAUUGCAGUUGCUCGUGUGUUUGGUACAUCAAAACAUAGAUUCUGCAUGUGGCAUAUAAUGUGCAAGGUUGGCGAGAAGGUUGGACCGGUUUUAGCUAAGGACAAGGUGUUUAGGAGGAAGUUGAAUGGCAUUGUUUGGAACAAAUCUAUAGAUUCCAAAACUUUUGAGGAUUUAUGGAGUCGUAUUAUAGAGGAAUAUGGUUUGGGUGAUAAUGGUUGGUUUCGUUACUUGUUUGAGUCUCGUACAUUUUGGGCAUCUCCAUACUUUCAUGAUGAGUUUAUGUCGGGAUUUGUUAGGACAACAUCUCGAUCAGAGUCUCAAAAUAGUUUUUUUGGCAGUUUCUCCAAUGGUCAUUCCAGUUUGGUUGAGUUUUUGGUGCAUUUUGAUAGUGCUAUUAGUGCACAACGACAUGCCCAAGCAAAAUUGACUGCUGACUCUGAAUCAUGCUUUCCUGUUUUGAAGACUCCAUUGGCGCUGGAGAAACAUGCAAUGGAUGUCUAUACCAUUUCUGUAUUUUAUGAUGUGCAAGUAGAGAUUUGUGAAGGUUGUUUUUCUUGUCGAGUGGUGUCUUUGUGUGAGUGCGAGGGUAAGGUGUGCUAUGGGAUAAAAGAUGGUGACAAGAAGGCAUGGCAUAUUUUUUUUGUGUUUAAAGAUCAUGGACUUGAGAGAAUUCCUUCUAUGUAUUUGGUGUCUCGGUGGACAAAAGGUGCUAGUUUGAAGCCAAUAUUUGAUAUUGAUGAUACGGUUGUUGACCAAUCGGCUAAAGUGGACAAUGUUAGGGUGCUUACUAAUCUAAUGCGGUCUGAAAUUUAUGCUUGCGUGGGAUUGGCUGAUGGUAAUGUAGAACGGUUGGAAAAACUAAGACGUGGGUCAACAGUGGAGGUGCGUGAUCCAAUUAAAGCUAAGAACAAGGGCGGCGGGAAGCGGAUGAAGAGUGCAAGGGAGAAAGCUGUGAAUAAGUGCGUAAAGCAAUCAAGGAAAUGCCAUACUUGUGAUGAAUAUGGCCAUAAUAGUAGGACGUGCCCAUUAAAUGGCUAG